CUGGACGCUGCUGCCACUGCCCUGACACUGCAAGCCACUACGGGGCCUCCAGCACCUCUACCCAAGCCUAUGGACACAUCCAGGGCCCAGGCUCAGCCAAGAAUGAGCGGCAGCGUUGGGGAAAUGGCCCAGUCCUCCUCCUCCUCCACCACCACCGCCACCACCUUUGAGCACCUGUGGAGCACUCUGGAGCCAGACAGCACCUACUUUGACCUUUCCCAGCCCAGUCAAGGGAAUAGCGAGGCAUCGGGCAGCGAGGAGUCCAGCAUGGAUGUCUUCCAGCUGCAAGGCUUGACCUCCUCGGUCAUGGCCCAGUUCAAUUUGCUCAGCAGCGCCAUGGACCAGAUGGGCAGCCGCGCGGCCCCUGCCAGCCCCUACACCCCGGAGCACGCCGCCAGCGCACCCACCCACUCGCCCUACGCGCAACCCAGUUCCACCUUUGACACCAUGUCUCCAGCGCCUGUCAUCCCUUCCAACACCGACUACCCUGGCCCCCACCACUUCGAGGUCACCUUCCAGCAGUCGAGCACAGCCAAAUCGGCCACCUGGACAUACUCCCCACUUUUGAAGAAAUUGUACUGUCAGAUUGCCAAGACAUGCCCCAUCCAGAUAAAAGUGUCCACACCACCACCCCCGGGCACAGCCAUCCGGGCCAUGCCUGUCUACAAGAAGGCAGAGCACGUGACCGACAUUGUUAAGCGCUGUCCCAAUCACGAGCUUGGAAGGGACUUCAAUGAAGGACAGUCUGCCCCGGCUAGCCACCUCAUCCGUGUAGAAGGCAACAACCUUUCCCAGUAUGUGGAUGACCCCGUCACCGGCAGACAAAGUGUGGUUGUGCCAUACGAACCCCCACAGGUGGGAACAGAAUUCACCACCAUCCUGUACAACUUCAUGUGUAACAGCAGCUGCGUCGGGGGCAUGAAUCGGAGACCCAUACUCGUCAUCAUCACCCUGGAGACCCGGGAUGGACAGGUACUGGGCCGGCGGUCUUUCGAGGGUCGCAUCUGCGCCUGCCCCGGCCGUGACCGCAAAGCUGAUGAAGACCAUUACCGGGAGCAGCAGGCUCUGAAUGAAAGUACCACUAAGAAUGGAGCUGCCAGCAAACGUGCAUUCAAGCAGAGCCCCCCUGCCAUCCCUGCCCUGGGUACCAACGUGAAAAAGAGACGUCAUGGGGACGAGGACACGUUCUACAUGCAUGUGCGAGGCCGGGAGAACUUUGAGAUUUUGAUGAAGGUCAAGGAGAGUCUGGAGCUGAUGGAACUUGUACCCCAGCCUUUGGUCGACUCCUACCGACAGCAGCAGCAGCAGCAGCUCCUGCAGAGGCCGAGUCACCUGCAGCCUCCCUCCUAUGGGCCCGUGCUCUCCCCAAUGAACAAGGUACACGGUGGUGUCAACAAACUGCCCUCUGUCAACCAGCUGGUAGGACAGCCUCCCCCGCACAGCUCAGCAGCUGGGCCCAACCUGGGGCCCAUGGGCUCCGGGAUGCUGAACAGUCACAGCCACAGCAUGCCAGCCAACGGCGAGAUAAAUGGAGGCCACAGCUCCCAGACCAUGGUUUCAGGAUCCCACUGCACCCCGCCGCCCCCCUAUCAUGCAGACCCCAGCCUCAUCAGUUUUUUGACAGGACUGGGGUGUCCAAACUGCAUCGAGUGCUUCACUUCCCAAGGGCUGCAGAGCCUUUACCACCUGCAGAACCUCACCAUCGAGGACCUUGGGGCCCUGAAGAUCCCUGACCAGUACCGUAUGACCAUCUGGAGGGGCCUACAGGACUUGAAGCAGAGUCACGACUGCGGUCAGCAACUACUCCGCUCCAGCAGCAACGCGGCCACCAUCUCUAUCGGAGGCUCUGGCGAGCUGCAGCGACAGCGGGUCAUGGAAGCCGUGCAUUUCCGUGUGCGCCACACCAUCACGAUCCCCAACCGUGGAGGAGCAGGUGGGGUAACAGGCCCGGAUGAGUGGGCGGACUUUGGUUUUGACCUCCCUGACUGCAAGUCCCGUAAGCAGCCCAUCAAAGAGGAGUUCACAGAGACGGAGAGCCACUGAGGAACGUAUCCUCUCCUGCCCUCCUCUGUGAGAGACUGCCCCUGGAAGUGGGACCUCCUCGGCUGUGCCCACAGAAACAGCAAGGGCCUUCUGCCAGACGCCAUUCCUGAAGGGAAGUUGCUCAUGAACUAACUCCCCCUAGGAAACUUCUGGAACGGUCCUUAGCUACAUGUACAUGUGGGCAUGUUGUGUGUCAAGUGCUGAGACAGGGGGCUGUCCCUUUGUGGGUGGGUACGCGGUACCCAUUCGAUCCUCUUUUCUAUUGAGGACUCUGCCACCUCCAGGACAGAGUGGCAUCCAUCACUUGCUCACCCUCUGCCACAAAGUAUUCCAGCAUCUUCUCUCCCCGCCAGCCACACGCAG